CAGUGUCAGUUAACGUUAAUUAUCAAUUAGGAAAUGAAAUUAAAUCAUCCACCGUUGGUAAUUUACAUAAAACAGUUUUUAGAUAGUCGUAACAGCAAUGGAUACUGAUUCAAAAGAUGAUGCUGCAACAAAACACAUUUUAGACUAUUAUAAAAAAUAUUCUCAAAAUAGAGAUCUUCCAAAGUAUUUCUCAGGAACCUCCGUGUCAUAUUUACCUGAUAUUAAAGGUUCUGUUAGUCCUGUAGCUGAAAUAGAAACUUCAGUAAAAACAAAUAUAAGUAUAAUCGUAACCAGCGAAGAAAUAAAUAAAAAUGUAGAAGAACCGAUACCUAAUUCGAGAGGCAGCAGUCCUAUGUCAAACCACAAACUUGAAUGGGAUAGUGGUGCCGAUAUUGGUUACGGCAAUUGUCAGGAGAAGCGGUUAAGAAGGAGCUUAUCAUUGCCAACGAUAGCAGACUUGGUUGAGAAAAGAACGGAUAAUGAUUUUGGACCUGUCACAUCUAAUCCACCAGUUACGAGAAGUCAAAGCAGUAGCAGUGACGGUAAUGUGAAGGUAAUUCUACUUACCUGUUCUAGUAGUUCGGAGUACCAUAGCGAUGAAAAUGUGUGUUCUUCACAUUUAAAAGAGAAAGAAAGUUCGACAUCUUUGAGCAGUACAAAUAUUAAAGCACCAGUUAAUACUGGUAGUUCGUCUUCCUCUUCAAGCAAUAGAAAUGUUGAUGCACAUAAUAUUAAUGUAUCCAGUUCGGAUUCAAGUAACAAACAAAGCUUGAAACAAUUUGCAAGUACGCUUUCUUAUUUGAAACAAAAAAUUGGGGUGCCGGGAGCUCAUUCUACUCCAAAAUUUUUAGAUGAAGGGCAAGAUUUUAUCGAUAAUGCUUGUUCGGGUACACCAGUAUUUAAAAUGUCAUCAAGUAAUAAUGGCGAAGACAAAAAAGUUAAUUCAAAAAGUAUCGGCAAGAAAUUGUUAAAAAAACCUUGUAAUUUGACAGUUGUACCAGCAAGAGUAAGUGAAGAGGACGUGAUACACAAAAAACAUGAAAUCAGUAGUAGCCAUCUUGGGAAGGUUCUCACAAAAUAUCAAAAUCAGAAGAUAGUCAACUUAGCAGUGACGAAACCUAUUACAGUUGAAUGUACUUGUAGCGGUCAACAUUUAACAAAUAGACCACCUCAAAUAGUGGCAAAAAAAUCAACAGUAGCCGUACAGACGGAUGAAGUGACUGAAAAAGAAUUACAGCUGAUAAUACGAAAUUCUCAAAGAAUGUAUAACAAUCAAUCACUUGUUUACUUCGAAUAUUCCGAGAGUGAUAAAAACAGUGGUCGUAGCACUCAAACUGAUUCUGAUAUCAUAGAAUCAAACUGCGACAGCUUCGAAUAUUUAGUGGAACAACCAUCACAGCUUAAAGACAGUGCGUUGCAUAAUAAUGAUAUGAAAUCAGGACAGGAGCAAGCGACGAACCUCAAAAGAACUCAGAAAACACACGAUUUAAGAACUAAUUACUCUGAAGAAAACUCUGAGAAGUCUUCCUCAAAAGAAUUUUGUCUAGGAAAUUUGGUAUCAGCAGGUCUAGCAGAUAAUGUAGAAGAUGAUAUUGGGAAGAGUGUUUAUCUGUUACAGAGGCUGUUAAAAUCAAAGAAAUAUGACCCGGUUACAAAGAAACGAUACAUCAAAAAAAUCAUAAAGAAAAUAACGGAAUCAAAGUAUCUCGAGGAUUCAAGCACCAGCUCUGAUUUAUUUGUCCCAAAGAAAUUACCAAAAACCGCGGAUAGAAACGAGAAUAAUCUUUUACAGUCUAAUAUUCCGUGGUACCCUGCAGGUGAUCAACCGAAGCUUUCCCCGAGAAGAAAACAAUUGGUUCAGAAGACUUUUACCCAGGAUUUUAUGCCAGGCCAACAGUCUUCUAAAGAGGAAAUUAGCAGUGCUCCAGAAAUAGUGCCGAUAAACUCUAGAGACAUGAGAAAGAAUCCAUUCACGCUUACGAACAACGAAUUUUUGGUGAAUCGUAAGUGCGAAAGUGCUGAUGAAAAUAAAUCUAUUAAAACUUUUUCCGAGACAGGCAGUACAAGUUUAGAUAGGCAUUACGAAUCGUCGUUUUCUUCAGCGAAGAGUUAUCAGAACUGGAAAGAGGAGAAAACCUUGUCUGAAAAGAUUUUAGAAAAACAAUCCCAGGAAAAGUCCCAUAGUUCUAACGGGAAUGGAGACUGUUUUGUAAAAUUUGCCGAUAAAGAAAGACAGUACCAAAUUAGUUGGAUCAAUAACGAAAUCUCUCACCUAGGUAAACUUAAGGGCCUUCUAGAAAAACCGAAAGUCGUUCGCAAGAAUCCAUUGAACGUUAAGAAAACAACCAACGUUUAUACCGUGUUCAAUGAAAACGAUACACCAUCGAAACCCAAGCGUAAUUACGUUAUUGAAACUGUGAUUGGCUCUAAAAGUUCUUCAGAGAUGAAUUUUAAACUUGACGGUCAAGUUUAUACCAUUCAGGAAUAUUUGAAUGCAAGAAAGGGGAGAGAGUUAAAGAGACCUAGACAAGUGACUGGAAAUAUCGAAGUCAUUUCAUCCGACAGCAUUACGAAUAUCAAAGUCACUACGUACUGUGAAGAGUGCAAAAAAUCUCCGUGCAUAUGUAACUUAGUGGAAGACGAGCCGGGUUGUGCCUGUUUGGGAAAAUGUGGUAGCCCAACUUGCAUUUGCCUGAAAGAAACACCCAUAAAUACUUCUACUCAUCCCACUACUCGUCAAGAUUAUUCCAAAAAGUUGAUUUCUACGAUGUGUUACAUUUGCAAGAAAUAUAUUUGUGUAUGUGGAGAUGCAGAAAGCAAAGAACGGUUAAAAACGGAAGCAACAAAUUCUAACAACGGCGUGUUAGGAACAUUUAUACCGGCAGCUCCUUCAAGACCUACCACCGUCAAAUUUUCAACAUUUCCUUCCACGUCCAAAGAAGAAAAUAGAAGGAAACAAAACUUAAUACCUUCCAGUCAAAAAGUAGAUGUUCUCGAUCAAACACUUUCUAAAAGUGUUCGUUCGCCAAGAGAUGAAGAAACGACUUACGGAUCACUCAGAAAAGUCUUCGAAAAUUGUGCUUGCACUCAAGACAACUGUACUUGCGAUUUUGUCGAGAAACUGAUGAAUCGCUUUUCUAAAACCGAUGUCCCUGUUUCGACCGCGUGCGACAAUAAAUGUCUGCAAACCGACCAAGGCGAAAUCCAGUCUGUCGGGUUACAAACCCGUAUAGAUACCCAGAGCCAAAAGCAGCAGACGACGAUCCUUACCGUAGACGAUAAAUGUCUGCAAACUGAAAAAUAUGUAAGCGAAAGCGAAAGCCAAACUAUUGGGAUACAGACUUGGGUCAACAACCAGAACGAAAUUCAACAAACGAGUGUUGCUGUCGUCAAUGCGCAAACGGAGUUUUUAAAAUUAGAAGGGAACUUUCAAAAUAUUGGCAUUCAAACAAAAACAGACGUUAAAGACCAAAUCUUGCAAACAUCGCGAUCACUCGAUGAACAAAACGGUUUAAAGAACAAUACUAAAGGGGUUAGUUUUGUUGACGUAAAUACUUCUCCGCAACCACAAUCUGUUCGCACAUCUCCUGAUCAUGUUACAAAACAAAAAGGUACACCUGACUCUCCAAAAUUACAUUUUGUCGGCACUUCAGCCGCAGUAGCCUCACAGACAAGUGCCGCCAACUCAGUACAUUCACACAGUGACAGUUCUCGACCGACGUCUUCCUCGAAAAGUUCUGGUUUUACUUCCGACCAUCAAAAGAAAGUUAUAUCCAUUUGUUGCUGUACUCAAAGUGAGUCUAAGCCUCAGGGUAGAAAUCGGGGAAGAAACGUCAGAGUUCAGAUUGAUAGCAGCGGAACACAUUCGGAAAAAGAAGAUAGAAAACGCAAAAUUGACAGUCUGACGACGAAUAGUGCGAGUUAUGAGAUAUGCCCUUCCAUCCUCGUGUCAUCUUAUAACGAUACGUCACGAUCUAUGAGCGAGGAGUCCUCCUCUAAACCGCCCCUAGUUAUUUGCGUCUGCUGUAGUGAAAGUUAUCCCAUGAACAAGAUAUCCGUACUCGGCAGUAAGAACGAGAACUACCCGCUCUGCUGUAACUGCUUGACCAAGAGGCCUAUUCUAACGUCAGUCUGUUAUGCCGGCCCAGAAGAAAACUGUCCUUGCUCCAAACCCUCUACCUAUAAGACUGACAUGUCAGACGCAACAACUAAAAGGACCGCCAUGGGCAGCGACGUCGAAGAAUAUUGCACUUGCACGAAACCGUUUCAGUUCAAGAAUUCGAAAUAUUGCUCGCACUGCCAGUUUAAAUUGAGGAAUACCGCGAAAAGUAAAAAUGGCAUAGCCUACACUUUAACGUUGGAGUCGGAUUGUCUCAAUAAAAUUAGAAGGAGAAGGAAGAAGGUUCCCUUGGAGGAGAUUAGGUUGAAAGUGCCGAGUCCGUCGAAGAAGAAGAAGCACAAGGACAAGGAAAACGUUUCUAAACGGGAUAAGGAAGAAAGGAAGAGGGGUAAGGAAGAUGACGAGGAAAGGACAUGCAAUUGCGGGAGGAUUAUCUGUACCAGCAACUGUCAUGUGCAUGGUGUUUCGAGUAAGCAUAGGCGACAUAAGGACAGUUUGACAUUGCAGGAGCAUCUUCAGAGAAAUAGACCCGAUUUCAUCCACUCUGCCGAGUUCAGAAGGCACAUGGUUUCAAAUUCGAAGAGCGCACGAGUGUUCGCUAACGUCGACGCUAAGUUAAAGUUCGCAGAAGAGAAUAUGCAGCAACAUUCGUUAAGAAAACCGAGAAAAUUGUUCACCGAGCAGGAAAUGAAGGAAAUCACGAAGAGGAAUUAUAAGAAACUGCCGGAGGUUAAGGAAAAAAUUUAUAAUCAAAGAGAACAAAGGCUCAGGAAUGCCGAUAGGUUUAUCGUUGACGUUUUCGCUAGGAAAAUACAGCGUUCGGUUUUGAAAGGAAAAAGCAGUUUUCCGAUUGACGCAAACGUUAUUUGUUUACCAAAGACUUGUAACUGUUAAGAAUUUUAUAUGAAUCUUUAUAUUUUUGUAAU